AUGUCUCAGACCUUGACCCCCGAAGUCACAUGGGCCCAGCGCUCCUCCGACGAUGACCCUGAGCGCAACUACCUCUACGUCAACAUCAAGACCCCCGACGUUCCCAAGUCCGAAGCUACUCUCAGCAUCACCGAAAAGAAUGUUACCUUCAAGGGUCCCUCCAAGAAGGGCGUAACAUACAGCGUCUCCCUGGACCUCUUUGCCGAGAUCGACCCUGAGAACAGCAAGACCAACCACACCGACCGCGAGGUCGAGCUCGUGCUCCGCAAGAAGGAUCUCAAGCUGGAGUUCUGGCCCCGUCUUCUCGAGAGCAAGCAGAAGAUGCACUUCCUCAAGACUGAUUUCGACAAGUGGGUCGAUGAGGAUGAGCAGGAUGAGGCCGGUGAUGAUGACUACGCCAACAACUUCGGCGGCUUCGGCGGCGAGGGCGGUGGUGACCCCAACGCCGGUGCCGGUGGCCUCGGCAACAUUGACUUCUCCAAGCUCGGUGGUAUGCCCGGCAUGGGUGGUGGUGCUGGCGGCAUGCCUGACCUUAGCGCUCUGGCCGGUAUGGCUGGCGGCAUGCCCGGCGGCGCGCCCGGUGCUGAGGAUGCCGAGGAGGAUGAUGAUGACCUCCCCGAGCUCGAGGAGGCUGACGCCCAGAAGUCGGCUAAGAUUCAGGAAGUUUCUUAA